CGGCGUCACAACAGAUGAUCUCCGGCGCUCGGGCAAAGCGCGCGUUUGUUUCUUUAUAGUGGUGGCGUCAUUGUAAAACUGUUCUAAAGUUUGUGCAAAAGUGUGUACGAAGUUUUUUUUCUUUGGACGUAAAGAAACUAUGAAAAGGAACUGAACCACACAAGUAUCAAGAUGGGUCGUCUCCGGACAUGCUGCUGCUGCGCGUCCACGCGGACCGGGUCCAUCAUCACCGGUUCCCUGGGCAUCAUCCUCUCCAUCAUCACCAUCAUCCUCAUCUGGCUGAUGGAGAAGCACAACAUCUCAUACAGGACGUUCAUCUUCGACGCGGACUUUGAUAAGAAGAUGUCGGAUUUAGAUAUUCCAAGAAUAAUCCUGACCGUGAACUUAUGUUUUACAAUAUUGAUAUGCAGCCUCCUGAUCGUAGCUGUACUAAAGACUUCUUUCUCGAAACGGUCCUGGCUGAUGCUGCCGUUCGUGGUCCUGGGUGUGGUGCUCGCGAUCGGCCUGCUCAUCAGCAUCCUGCACACCUCCAUAACAUACUAUCUGGACGACAUACCUGAUCACAACCUCUACGCCACCGUCAUACUCAUCGGAGGGCUUAUUUACUUGUGCAUCUACCUGUACUUAUGGGCGGUGGUGUUCAGCCAUUACCUAGACAUCCGUGACGAAGAGGAGAGGGGGAGAUACCGCAAGGCGCCUUACAAGCGAUAAACCUUUAUUGUGAACUUACUGGACUUUACAGUGCCUUACAUGAUGCCUUAACAAGAAAUGUUCCAAUUUUGAAAUUAAUUUUUUUUAUUUUUAUUUAGCAAGCAUUUUUGUCAAAUAAUUAAUCUGCAAUGACGUAUCUAAAGUACAAUAAAUAUCACAAUACAAGGACACUAAUGCUAAAAGCAGAGAGGAUUUUUACCUUAAUAUUUAUGAAUCUCAGUGAUAAUGGAAAUUGCUUAACUUAGCAGUAAAAAAAAGAAUCUAUUUUAAAUGAUGUGCGCUAUGGUCAAUGCACAAUGUUGUAAAAGUAAAAAAGUAGAAUCUACAUGAAAUGCACACUGUUUAAAAUACUUACUACUUGAAUGCUUAGUUGUAUUUAAAUUUCAACUUUGUCGGUCUUACCACAAAAGAUUUAAGCACCUGUUGAACAGUUGAU